GUGAUUCAUUCCAAUCUAACCAUAGCAUUGCCAUGAGAAAUUCGGCCGUCAACUUGCUGGCGCUCAAAACCACUACGAGUCGCGAAGCAUUGCGCCGGAUCUCCUCUCGAACAGGAACCCCUAUUUCUUCCUUAUUGGCCUCAUUCAUUGUUCUUCACGAGAUCACUGCAAUUGUCCCGUUCGUCGGGGCAUUCUACACUUUUCGCCAGUUCAGCGUGGGGGAGGUGGCUCUCGACAAGAUUGUACAGCUUUCUCAGAGAGCUAAUCCAGAGCGAUCUUGGGGUCAUACAGUACAUGGGUGGAUCAAGGACGGCGAGGAGCUGGUGGGACGAGUGGGGGCUCGGUACGGGAUUUGGGCACCAGAAUCGAGCGCUUCUCUGCAUCCUCGCGAAGACGGCGGCCCUAUCAUUCGGGGGGUUGCAGCCGAUGCAGUCCUCGCCUAUGUAGCAACAAAAGCUAUUCUUCCGUUGCGGAUAGGAUUGUCAUUAUACCUUUCACCCUCCUUCUCUAGACAUAUUAUUCAACCCUUGCAAUCCGCGCUCUGGAGGGCAAUACGGUAGGAUCUGCCAGUCACCCGAAACCAAUGUUGCCAGUACGUACGGCCACUGGGUUUGAAAUAAACACCUUUUAUUUUGCAAGAAUGAUACUGACAAUCGACGCGAGGAAUUAGCAAUCCGAUGGAUGGCUCGGACUUCUUAUUUAGACCUGGUCUGCUCAUCAUACCAUCCUUAGGGGUUGUAGUGUACCGAUGUAGUGUUGGCAUGGUCAGUAUUAUGACAUAAAUAUAAUGGGGACAACAACAUCAUUUGGAGGGUUGUGGGAGCCAUGUACAUGUAGAGGUGUGUGGAGGCGAUCAUAAGAUGGAUCAUCGACUUUCCGCGGCAGGGAGGUUCCCAAUUCGAGUCAAAUAAUAUUGACUCGAUGCAAAAAUCAAGUCAAAUCCUUGUGAAAUGAGAUCUCAUACUAUGCUG